CGCCUGUUCAUGCUCCUCGAGUCUUCUCAGAUAACUCGCAGAGUCGCCUUCUCUCCCCUUCACUCGCUGUGAUGAUGGACAUCUUCUCGUCCAGUCGGCAAGAUGCUGCCUCUAGCUCUGCUUCGGCGCCAGCCCCUGCACCUCUCCUACCCAUCAUCUUCUGCGGUCCAGGAUCCAACCUCUACCCCCUUUGUGACCCUUCUUCCUCCUCCUCGUCAUCAACAACAGAAUCACUUCCCAAGGCGAUUCUUCCCGUCGCUAACCGACCUCUGAUAGCAUACCCUCUGCAGCAUCUGGCCUCUGCUGGCUUCAAGCGGGUACUCGUCGUCGCCCCUUCCACUCAACAUCGGGCGAUUGAGGUAGCUCUCAAAGGCCUUAGGCUGCAAGUGCCCCAUGUCAGUGAAGGCAAGGCGACGGGCGGCGCCAAGGACAACAGCAAAGGCGGUGCGAAUAUGACUGAUGAGACAAACAUUGCUGUUGUUGAUGGACUGUCCGCGGCUGUGACAAGCAAGGCCGCCGCUGCGCCUUCGGGGCCAAGUGCAGCGAUGCGAGUAGAGCUCAUCCCCCUGGGCCCAUACGAUGUGAAGGGGGCUGGUGAGAUCAAGGGGGAUGCAGGGCAGGAUGGCAGUGAUCAAUUGGAGUUCAGAAGAGUGGCAAGACCCGGCACAGCGGAACUGCUACGAUGGCUCGCCCACAUUGGGAAGCUUGAGUCCGACCCUCUGGUACUCCCAGUAGACUUCAUAGCCCCUUCGCUGCCAAUAUCGUCCUUCCUGCUGUCCUACUACUCUGCAAGCAACCCUGCACCGCCUACUGUCAUCAGCCUCCUCUAUGAGCGCGGGGCGGGAGAGUCUGUAGGCAGAGAGAGGGAGAAGGAAGCACCUCCACGAACGCUCGCUGCAUACUCUCACGCUUCCCCCGCCACCUCGAGCUGCUCAUCCUCGAGCUCAUCCUCCUUAUCAGACGGCCUCUCCACCCACUCCCUACUACUCCUGUCCGAGCUACCCUCUGGCUCGACGCUGGAUGUGCGCCUUUCUCUACUCAAGGCACACCCGCGGACCCGCUUCAGCACCAAUCUGCUGGACUCGCACAUCUAUAUCCUCCGGAGAGAUCAGAUCGUGCCCUUGCUCAAUGCUAGGAAGGACUUCACAAGUCUUCGAGAGCACGUCGUGCCCUUUGUAGCCAAAGCAGGCUGGCAGACUGGCUUGAUCGACAAGGUCGGAUGGGGUCAGCUCAUGCGAGAGGAGGCAAAGAAGAAGCACGGCCGGUCGGGGUACGACGAGGUGGAAGAAGGUCUGGGCGAUGUUUCGAUAGGAGGGGAAGCGGGUGGGCUGAUGCAAUUGGCCUUUCAGAGGAGUUCACUUGCGCUGCCAACGGCAUCGCCUACCCGGCCAGAGCACGAUGCGAUUCGGGCUGUGACGGUCGUCGCUCGUCUCGAAGACGAGACUGCCUCUGCCUCUGCCGCGCCAGUGCCAGAGCAGCCGUCAAAGGGAGGCAAGCGACAGGACGGGCCCGGCGCUUCCAAGGGCGGUAGUGUUCCUCAAGAGCCUGCCGUAGUGGAGCGCUUCUUCGCUCGAGCCAACACCCUCCCUACUUACCUGGAGAGCAAUCGCUUCUUGCUGCGAUCUCUGUUCACAAUUGGCCAAUCUCUCGUCGCGGCCGGUGGCGGCGCGAGGGGGACGCUACCUUUUCCUCUACCAGCUGUGCUGCCCAGCACUAGUACAACGGCGGCGGCUAGCACUAGUGCCGGCCUCUCCGCCGGACCCACCACCCACGAAAUCUCCCCAUCCGCACAAGUUUCUCCAGAUACCUUGAUUCCUCUUCUGGCUACCACUGGUACAGACGAAGAUCCACGCGCCCUGCUGACCAUCUCCGACCGAGCCUCCCUCAAGCGCUCCCUCCUCGCUGUCAAUGUGCACCUAUCGCGCAACGCCAAAGUCUCUGGCUCCAUCCUGAUGGAGGGCUGCUCCAUCGGCGAGGGUGCCAAGCUGGACAAUUGCAUCGUGGGACCUGGGGCGCGCGUGGGAGAUGGGUGCAACCUGAAGGAUGUGGAUCUGGGACCGGGGGCAAAGGUCAGUGGGAAGAAGGAUGUCAAGGGAGAGAAGAUUGCAAAGGGCGAGCAAGGAGAGGAUGAUGAGGAGAGUGGAGAUGAAGGUAGCGAGGAUGAAGAUUGAGAGGUCUUGUAUGUACCUUGGAGAGUGCGGGUGUCAGAUGACGAUCAUGACAUAGAGAGAUACCAACAGGAAUCUGUGUAUAGUACUGAUAGCGGCUGUUCGCCCACAAUAGGUUGCUCGUACCCAGACUACGGUAUGUGCUCAGAUGAAGGCGAUUGAAGCGAACAAGGAGAACAGAGGGAUACUAGUAUACACACGAACCAAGUAGGGGUUUGAGUUGCAAUCAAAGCUUCGACUCUGGGAGCGAAGGAGGUACGUAAUCGGAGAUGUGCUUGGAGCGCACCUUUGCCAACUCCUCCUCGCUCACGGGUCUCACUUCGCUAGCGAGAUCAUACCCAA